GUGUUCCGCGGCGGGCUGACCGUAUGCACGCAGGCUACAUUGUUAUUUUGAAGUAUGGCAUUUAUUAAACUUGCUCAUACGUGGAUGUUGAUUGGUUGAUAUUCGGCAACUUUUCCAGUUUUGUUCCAUUUUACUAAAUUAGAUACGUCAAAAGCAAUAACACAAAUAUAGUUCGAAAGAAAAGAAAAUAUAAUUUUAUAAAGAAAAUAAUUGAAAUUCAGCGCUGUUCAAUAAUAACUUAUUUAGUUUAUGUUUAAAAGUGUGUUUUGCUGUGGUUUGUACGUAAUUUAAAGACGCAAUGAGCUUUAAAAAGUCUGGUAGUUCAAAUAUAAAAUCAUUUGUGAGCGAAGAAGAAGCACAAGAUAUAAACGAGAAACGACAGCAAGAAUGGGAGAGAGUCAGACAACCUGACGACCCUUUAGGUAAGACAUAUAUAUAUGAUACAUUUGCAGGACUACAUCAUCAAACUACCCGAAUAAUAUACAGUGAAUGUAGCUACCAAAUGUCAAUAGCCCUACAGACAAUAGCUGAAAGCAUUUAGAUUCAGAGCAAAAUUGUAAUUUAAUUGCCCAUAGCAAAUUUAGCAUUUUAGUGCAGUGUGCCAGGGCCCGGAGUGCUGGACAGCCGGAGUUCUGCCGGUACUCCGGUGGUUUUUGGGUCGGCCAGCAGGCCGGAGUUGCAAUGUUCUCUCCAAGCUCUGGCUUGAAAGUCAGAAUGAGAAGAAAUUGUGAACUGUUUGUGCCAGCUGAGCAGGUAGUAUGUGUGCCAUGAAUAAUAACAAAAUUUUUGUUUUUAGAAAUGCCUGAGAAAUACAAGGAGAAAUUCGACGUUUUGAGUGAAGGACAAAUUCCUCCUUGUAUUUUUCUAGUAGUAUCCCUACAAUUGAAAGUUUUGUUAGAACGAGAAAAAUGUGACAAUUUAGUAGAAUUAGCAUUGGUUACAAAUAAUGGCAACAUUGAAUUUGCUGAAGGUAUACAUAUGAUCUGAAGUCACAUCCGCAGGGCUCGAGUUUAGCGGUGGCCACUGGCCAUCGAUGCCCUGCUUGUUGGCCGCUAUGCCCUUUGAAAUAUACUGAAAUCCAUGGCCAGUAGUGGCCUGCCUUCAACCCCAGACUACAGUACUUAGGCUUUAGAAUACCAAGUGUAUGAUUUGUAAAAUUGGAAAUAAAUUUAAAAUAGUAUUUAAAUGCACCUUUCCGGCAGUCUGUUUUUAAAAUCAUGUAAUAAUGUAUUAAAAUAUCCAUUGUUUUGUUUGGCAUUUUUUUUAAUAUUGUUGCUGUUCUGUAUAUUUUUCUUGUCUCAUGGUAACUCAAAUGUUAUUUGAAACUUCAAAAUAGCAACUGAAUUAAAUUUUCAAACUUAGCUUUGAAUCCUGAUGCCCUGUGUACUGGCCUUGAUGCCUUGAAAAACUUAGUAACAUUCAAGGACAAACUGGCCUUGCUUUUCUUUCGCAGCAUGCAUCUGUUGUGUCAAACCAAGUCAUUAUGUCUGUGAUUUAUCUAUCACAGGAAAAGUUUUAUUAAAUUGCUGGUGUCAUGCUUUAAUUUAUAUGCUGUGCCAUCAUGUCAUCUUACCUUGGGGACAACAUUUUAAAAUUAAGGUGAAUAGUAUCCACCGCCACUAUCUGGUUACAGACUUUAUCCCCUGUGCUCUGAAUCAGUGUGGAUUUUGGAGAAAGAAAUUUUAGAGCGUAAAUUAUGUACAUUUAUGUACAUGUGAAAAUACAACUUCAAUAAGCCAUCUGGCAGGCAUAGAACCUGUGGCCCUGCUAUUCUGGUGCUGGUAGGGGGGUGCUCUGCCAGCUCUGGUGCUGUGUUGUGUUGGCCAUGUUGCCGAGUUGUGUUGGCCAUGUGUGCCGCCCGCCCAUCAACUUGCUUCACUACUGCAAAGUCUUGCUUGACUACUGUAUUUGAAUUGUAAUUGUUGUUCACAGUUUGCUUAUUAUCAUGUUAUUACUCAAAUUACUGUAUCUCAUUUUGCCUCUAAUAACUUUUUGCUUUAUCAUGAAAAUAGCACCCCACCCCCCCUGCCCAGGGCUAGGGGGGGGGGGGGUGCACACCCUCCCGCACCUCCCAGUAAAUCCAUCCCUGCCCUACUUUAUUAUUUUACUCUGUCUAAAUGCCAGGCUAUUUUUCUCUGUCUAAUGCCAGAUGAUUUUACUUGAUCAUCAAAGGAAGAGCAAGCUCAAUUGGUUAAAAUUCAUUAAAUGAAUAUAUUUCAGAGUGUCCAGAUGUGGAACCACGUAGUUUGUUUGAACAACUUCAGGAACAGAAGGAAAAGACGCAACAAGAACAUGAUGAGAAAUACGAUAUAAGUAAGACAGAUGAAUAAUGAGUUCACUUCUCUGCUAAUCCCCAAGUAUAGUACUACAGACAUCACUAUACUAACCUGAGUAACCUCCCGAUGAAGGGUCUUGUAUUUUUUAGGUAUUUGCAUCCCUAUCAACCAAAGUUUUGCAAUAAUUAAAAAAAAAAUAGUGCACUAUAUCUAAUUGUUUUCUGCACUGUGACCUAUGUGUGAAAUUUUGCACGCAAAAGCCUUUCAAUCAAUGUACCAAAAAUAAAAAAGUUCAUGUAUUUUUGCCGAAAAAAAAUUUAUGGAAGGAAAUGGUAUUUUCCCGUUUUUUAAUAAGAAAUAGCAUUACAGAAUUUUUUAUAUUUAAAUUCGCAUAUUGUUUGUCUAUGUUGUAAGGAAAAUUAUAGUGCACGAAAUUAUAGUAACUGUGCUUCUUUUCCAACUAUACACAAAGCAACAUUCUAUUUUAGAGUUAAUUUUGUAUGCAUGUGUUGCAUUAAGCAACGAACUGUACUGUGUUACCAAAACUGACAUAAUUUGAAAGCAGAAACAUUGAUUUAGAAAUAGAUGAACAUCCUGAUAUCUGCUGCAUAAAACCUAAAAAUAUGACGUUUAAAACUAUCAGCUAUUAUAUGCACCCGAAGUUUUGCAAACUGGAUCGAGCCCUACUGCUUUCCAGUGAAAUUUAGCUUUUUCAUAAGUAUAGAAUUUAAGGAUUUUUUUGAGGACAUGCAGUAGUAUAUAUCACAAAGAUCUUCCCUCAAAGAUGCGGGAAAUAUUCUUAUUGUGAAAAUUCUCAGAGUAACCUAGUAAUGAAUAAUUAAGGCAUGGUUUUUUUUCUAUUUUGACAUUGAAGAAAAAAUGUUCCGUGGAAUUGACAAUGAUGAAGCUGUAUUUCUCGAAUUUGCUUCAAAACAACAAGCCGAGAUUGAUGGCAGGAGAUUUGCUGUCACUGCAGAAGUAAAAGAAUUUAGAGUAUCCUUUUUUUGACCAUGAACACCUCAAAUUUGAAAUGUUACAUAGUAUUCAGGCAGGCAGGCAGGCAGGCAGGUAAAGAAAGAUGAAUGCCCCUACAAAAUAUUGUUUUUUAAAGUUUAUGUCCUACAACCGCCUGUAGGCCCUGUACAGUUGUACUGUACCUCUGGUUGGCUGUUUCUGGUUGGCUAUUUCCGUUUUGAUUGGUUAAUGCUAAAUAGAUAGUGAUAUAUUUAGUGUUUGUAACACAAAUUAGAUUGCCGUAAUUUGCGCGUGUUUUUAUGCCUUUGGUCCGUUAAAGUUUUCGUUUGCUGCGAAUCUAGGAGUGGCAUGUAGAUUUAUAGUACAUGUGGGGUUUACAAAUUGGACUGGCCAGUUAAAAUUAAUAUAUACAGUAAGUUAGAUUCUUUUAACACCGUGAAAUCAGAAUGAGGUUUCAAAGCUCCAGACCGUAGCCAGCCCAGCAACCUCUGUGACGGAGGAGAAAAAGAAACCAAAUGUAUCACUGGGGAAGAAGAAAUCUCAAGUGGAACUCUUGGCAGGAUGUAUUAAAACCAAACGAAAAAGGCGAGUUCAUCGAUGGUGUUUUCUCGUGCAUUUUGUCCCAGAAUAAAGGCCACACACAGACGGGCAAGUUUUCCUUGACGAGUUUUAUUUACUCGUGUGUACGGCAAAAAAUUGGCAAUUUUUCCUUGCCAUAUGGAGCCUUGUUCCAAAGCUAGUCAUACCAACUUUCGGACAAGGAAAAUGUGAUUUUUUCUGUGGUGGUGUUGUGUAUAGUCAGGUUAAUAUGAUGUUUGUGGUGUUACUCUGAGUGUAUAUCCACACCGAGCAAGCUUGAAAAAUAUGCCUGACCACGGUGGGAAUCGAAAGAAUACUAGCCUUUGGAAUACUAGCCCAAUACUCUGCCAACUGAGCUACGCAGUCAGGACUGUUCGAAUAUGUGAUCAGAUUUCGGAACUGAGUCUAGUUUCUUUGAUAUUAUCAAUGUAAUCUAGUAAUAUGAUUUUUCUGUGGCGGUGUUGUGUACUCAGCAGUGGCGAAGCUAGAAGUCGUGCUGGUCGUGCUGAGCACGAGUAAAAUUUUUUCAAAGAAAUUAAUUUUUUAGUCUUAAAAAAAAUUCCCCCAAAAUUUUAAAAAUGAUUCAUCGUACACUUGCGUCAUCUAUUAAGUGCGAAAUCCUUUCAAAUCCGGUGAUUUUGCGCUGAUUUUAAACCAAUUCAAGGUAUGAUUGCGUAGUUUCACCCGACCGCGGGUUAAAGCACGACUAAUGGGUAAUCCGCCCGUUAGUAGUGCUCUCGUCAGGCCAGCACGACUAAAUUAUAAAUUCCAAAGCAUUCUAUUGGCUAAAUUGCUCCUCGCGCAUGCGUAUCUCGCCGAAUUUUAUCUUCUGGUCGUGCUCAUCUUCGAAAGCACGACCAAGUUAAAUGCCGUAAAUUAUUCAGCAAUUCUGUCGAGAUUUAUUCAAGUGAUCUUGGUUAUGUAUCUAUGGAAAUUGACCAACGUCAAUCGAGUGAAUAGUAGGAAGGCCAUGUUGAUUUGGAUAGAAUAUUUCUGGCUUCUAACAAGAUAUUUUAGCUCACGAAAUGCAUGUGAACAGACUCGAUUGUGUAUUCUACUGUAUUAUAAUGGCGAAUAUAAACAAGAUUUGUGAAUACCUUUCCUAUUGAUAUAAAUAUAUUAACUACCAGUUCAUUUGCUUUAUUCAAAAGUGCUUAUAUAAUUGGAGGUUUACAGAUAUACCAAAUAUCUAAACAGUGUAUCUUUCAACAUUAGGUUUCUGCUUCAGAUUUACAAGGUCCUUGUAGACACUAUACUAUAGUACAUUACAGUUGACCUUUACGCAAUUCCAAAUGAAAGAUCAUAUUACAGCACUCAGCAGGGUAUUAAAAUGUACACAUACAAUAUUCUCCUCUUUCUUCUGCCAAUAUUGGCUAUAUUGAGCGACAUUUGCAGAUAAGUUUAAAUAUAUAGUGAAAUAAAAUUAAAUUUUGUGGAAAUACAAAUUUCAAAAACAAGAAGUAUUAAGAAUUUUCCUCUUUAUAUCACACUUUUUUUGUAGCUUUCUUUGCAUGAAUUUCACCCUGAAAUCGCAGGAAAUGGCCAUUCCAGACUUUGAAAAUCAAAAUUUUCCCGGGGGUGCAUGCCCCCGGACCCCAGGUGAAUAUGAUCAAAAUCAUAUUACUAGAUUACAUUGAUAUCGAAGGAACUAGACUCAUGCAGUUCCGAAAUAUCACAUACUCGAACCGACCUGACGGGGCAGCUCAGUUGGCAGAGCAUUGGGCUAGCAUUCCAAAGGUCGUAGUUUCGAUUCCCACCGUGGUCAGGCAUAUUUUUCAAGCCUGCCAGGUGUGGAUAUACACUCAGAGUAACAUCACAAGCAUCAAGGAAAAUGUGUUCGUGUGCAUACGGCCGCCAAGGAAAACCGCCCUGUAGCUAUUGUUCAUUAAUCAAAGUAAUUUUUCAAUUGCAUAGAAGUGAAGCUGAUACCAGCGAAGACGAAAAAUCCGACGAUAAAUUAUUAACUACUAGUCCAGGUACAGAUGCC